AUGAAGAACGGUGGUGUUGAGCCCGACGACAUGGAAAUCCCCAAGGGAGAUCGUGUCCUACCCAUGCUGUCGCUCAAGGACCGGACAGCGAUUGUGUCUGGUGCUGGAGCUGGGAUUGGCCUCGGAGUGGCUCAGGCAUUUGCUGAAGCCGGUGCCAAUGUGGCCAUAUGGUACAACAGCAACAAGCAGGCCGUCACGGAGGCAGAGAAUAUCAAAAAGACCUACGGAGUCAAGUGCAAAGCAUACCAAGUUGACGUCAUCUCCGCCGAGGCGGUCGACAAAGCCGUCGACACAAUCGUCCGCGAAUUCAACGGCCGGCUCGACAUAUUCGUGGCCAACUCGGGCAUCGCCUGGGAAGACGGCCCGUUCCUCGACGGCAGUGUUGAAACGGCCAAGAAGGUCAUGGCCGUCAACAUCGACGGAGUCAUGUGGUGCGCGAGGAGCGCCGGGGCUCACUUCCGACGACAGAAGAAGGAGGGCAAGACGAUUGAUGGCAAGCCCCUGGAGAAGUACAUGUCCGGCAGCUUUAUAGCGACGGCGUCAAUGAGCGGGAGUAUCGUGAGUGUCCCACAGCUGCAGGCCGUGUACAACGGGUCCAAGGCUGCCGUCAUCCACUUCUGCAAGAGUCUUGCGGUGGAGUGGACUGAGUUUGCGCGCGUCAAUACCGUUUCGCCGGGACACAUCCAAACCGAGAUUUCGGGUCCUGCUGCGGCCGAGACGGAAGAGCAGUGUGGGAAGAGGAUUCCCAUGGGGCGCGAGGGGAGAGUUGGCGAGCUCAAGGGCUCGUACUUGUAUCUUGCCAGCGAUGCGGCAUCGUAUACAACUGGUUUGGAUAUGAUUGUUGACGGAGGUUACUCUCUGCCGUAG